GUCUUUGGUGGCCUGGUCUGGAUCCUUGUGGCUUCUACCAAAGUUGGUGAACACUUGAGUCAAGGCUGGGUGAUGUUUGUCUCGGUGUUUUGCUUUGUAAUUUCUACACUUCUUUUCCUCUUAUAUUUAUGUGGAGCUCACGGUGGAAAAAGUGCUUGGGUUGCUUUGGAUGCUUUCUACCAGGUAAUUGCAUCACUUUUCUAUUUGAGUGCAGCAGUUUUGCAAGCCUACAUUACAAUAGUGCUUAAGGAUAUUGGUGUGUUCAAGGUGUACCAAAUAGAUAUAGCAGCUGUGGUUUUUGCAUAUGCAGUCACACUGACUUAUGUCAUCCAUAUGGUGUUCUCCCUGCUGAGAUGGAAAUCUUCUUAAACCCUAUGUUCUAUGGAUUUUACAGACAUAUGUGUGUGUUUUUUUUGUAAAGAACUUUCUUUAGAAAUCUUAUAUAAAAAUAAUGUACUUUAUUACGUGUUAACGGUAAAUUUCUUUAUUAAUAUUUACUCUUAAUCGACCCCCCGGAUUCCAAGUCUUUGUUAGAAGAGAGUGAAGGAAACUCAGUAUAUCUACCUUAAAAUAUAUUUGUAUUUACAAUGCCUUUUAUGUAAAUGGACAAUAAAUGGUAAUUUACAGUUAUGUAAAUUGUACAAUAAAAAGCUUCAAGUUCAACUUUUA